ACCCCUCGCUUCAUUCCUCCAACACAUCAACCAAACAAACACUCUCUCAUUAGGGAUUCCCUCCUAAAAAACACCAAACCCUCUCAAACCUUAAUUUACCCAAAAUGAUAAAACACUCUCUUUUAGUCUUACCCAUCUCAUUAACACUUGUAAUUUCUCUCUUGCAUUCAACCACUUUAGCAGCGAUAGCUCCGGCCACCGCACCGGCACAAGCUCCCCCCACUACUCCAGCGGCCUCCGCCCCAACACCACCCCAGCCCUCCGGCGGCACCACCGACAUAGUGCAAGUCCUUCAACAAGCGAACUCGUUCAACAUCUUCCUCCGCCUCAUGAAAACCACCCAACUAAUAAACCAACUGAACUCCCAGCUCCUAACCAUAAAGUCCGGCGGGCUCACCAUCCUUGCCCCCGACGACGGCGCCUUCUCGGAGCUGAAGCCGGGGUUCCUCAACUCCCUCUCCGACGGCAAGAAGCUCGAGCUCGUGCAGUUCCACGUGCUCCCUGACUUCGUCUCCGCCUCCAACUUCGACACCCUCACCAACCCCGUUCGCACUCUCGCGGGUAACAAGCCCGGUAAGGUCGAACUCAACGUUAUUAGUUACGGGGGUAGUGUGAACAUUUCAACCGGUGCGGUUAAUGCCACAAUGAAUGGGGUUAUAUACACGGAUAAGCAUCUUGCGGUUUAUAGGGUGGGUAAGGUGCUUCUUCCUUCUGAGUUUGUUGCUACUACCAAGAAGCCACUCGCUCCCGCACCCGCUCUAAAGCCGGCGCCGGUGACCUCCGCGAAUGAUGUGGCGGAGGCGCCUAAACCUGAAAAGGAGAAGCCGUCGCCUAAACCGGAACAAUCCUCGGAGUCCUCGACGCAGGUUGUUCCUACUGUGACCUCUGGUGGUGUAAGAAUUGGUGUAAGUGGAAUGUGGGUGUCUCUUGUUCUUGGUCUUGCCUUUGUGGGAGUGUUCGCAGCAUAAACUUGGAUAUAUAUAGGACGAUCGUGUGGCUGGAUAUACCAAUGAAGAAUAUUUGAACUAACUAUUAUGCUAUAUAUAUUGAUAUGAUAGUCCAGUCUUGUCUUAUAUAUAUAUAUAUACAUAUGAGUGGAUUAUUAGAGCAUUAAUUGAGAUGUUUGUAUCUCUAUCAUGAAUUUAUAUAUGAUUGAAAUAAACUUGUUAUAUAUUACUCUUUUA